AUGGCGUUCAACCAGGGAAACAAUAAUUCUACGGCGAAACCGACAUUCGGCUUUGCUCAGAAUCCAGGUGGAUUCUCUUUUGGCAGCUCGACUAAUGCAGCGUCUCCGUCUUUCGGCGGCGCAAUGCAAAAUAACAACUCAAUCUUAAGGUUCGGCUCGGCGUCUCAAAACACAACGUCACUGACAUUCGGUGCAUCACAAACAACAGCAGCGACAUCCCCGUUUGCUACGGCGAUCACGACUAGUGCAGGAACUUCUCCAUUCGCAGCAGCACAAGCACCGUCAACUUUUUCUGGAUUUGGUGGACUUGGUUUUGGAGGACUUUCGCAGACGGCCUCUACCAGACCUUCUUUUGGUGGAAUCAAUACGUCCGCAACUUCCGCUCCUGCUUCUACUGGGCUUAGCUUUGGUUUUGGGGGGCUUUCGCAGCAGACAUCUUCUGCCAAACCUUUGUUUGGUGGAUCUGCAAAUACCGCCACGACUUCUACUUCCGCGCCCACCGGACUUAGCUUUGGUUUUGGAGGACAGGCGAAUUCUACCAAACCUUUGUUUGGUGGAACUGCAACCACGACUUCCACUUCCGCUUCCCCAGGAUUUGGCUUUGCUUUCGGAGCACUUUCUCAGGCGAACUCUACAAAACCUUCAUUUGGUGGAUUCGGAUCUGCCACUGCCCCUACUGCUCCCGCAACUGCAAUCAACUCUACCAGACUUUCAUUUGGUGGAUUCGGAUCUACUACGCCCGCAACUACGGCCACUGCUCCCGCGACUACAGUCACUGCUCCCGCAACCACAGUUACUACUCCCGCAACCACAGUCACAACCAAUACCUCUGCUCCGACUGGAUUUGGGGGAUUCGCAGGGUUCUCACAGGCAGCUUCCACCAAAUCGCCGCUUGGUGGAGCUGUAACUGCUCCUAAUUCUACUAAUUCUACUGGAUUAGGCUUUGGUUUUGGAGCACUAUCUCAGACAGCCUCUACCAAACCUUUUAAUUUCUUUGCUCGAUCUGCAACAUCACAAAGUACGACUUCAUCCAGUGGAUCUUUGAACAUACCACAACCUAAGUUAUCAUUCCCGAGCAAACCAGCAACGACAACGCCGGUUGCGUCAUCGGCAACGACAGCAUCGACGUCAACGACAGCACCUUUGGCAACGACUUCAACGUCAGCAACGACAUCAUUAUUAACUAAACCACCAAUUUCAGCAACGACAUCAACAACGGCAUCAGGAUCAACUAUGACUGGUCUAACUGCCCCGACGGUUCCUAAUUGGUUAAAGACUGCAUCAAUUGAAGAUAUUAUGAAUAAAUGGAAUAAAGAUUUAGAUGUAUGCGAAAAGGCAUUUCAUAGUCAAGCAAAGGAAAUUGGUGAAAUGGACCGUAAAGUUAUCGAUAAUAUUGGCAAAGUCAAUGAUAUAGCCAACCAAGUCGAAAGCAUCAAAAGCAUUCAGCAAGUGAUUCGUUCAGAUCUGGAUAAUAUAGUCGGGCAAGCUGAACAUCUGGAGAAAAUAGUUGAACAAUAUGAAACGAAAUAUGCAAAUAUUACUGCAGAGACGGCAGUUGAUAAAACGCGCGAGAAAAGUUAUAAACUGGUCGAGUCGAUGAAUGAAGAGUUGGAUAAAAUGGGUCAAACUCUGGCUACAAUAAUAACAGAAGUCAAUCGUAACAUGUCAACGUCAAAUGGUGCUGCUUUGAGCGAAGAAGCAGACGAUACUACACAGAAUGAAGAGGAGGAUGCGCUUGAUGAAGUUGUCAAGAUCUUGAAUGCGCAUCUGACUUCGUUGCAAUGGAUCGAUCAGACAGCUACAAAGUUGUCUGAACAGUUCAAAGCAACCAAGUAUGCGUUAAGAGACGCACAGGGGAAUGGAAAUGAAUCUGCUUGGAGUCAAAUUAAAGAUUAUAGGCUAAAACGAACAGCGGCUCUUGCUCUAGUUGCCUGCAUUGCCUUCCUUUAUGUUUCCCCAACCUCAAGCGAAGCAUCAGACCUUGUCAAGGCCCAUAUGGGUACACUUGUCGCGAUUGAUAAAGAACGGAAGAGGCUUCUUGUUACAUAUCCAUCAGAACCAGUUCUUUCUGAAGCUGCACUCGAAGUGCUUUCUGAGGAAAAUAGUGAACUUGAAAUUCUGAGAGAACUGGACGGAGCCUUCCAAUCUGGCGGUAUUAUGGAAGCAGGAUGCCAGGGUGAGCUGGUCGCAAGAUUGUUGUUGCUGAGUGCCUGGCGUCGCUUGAUAUGCUGUGAAAGGAAGCGAACUGGACAAAAGGUGUCAUUUUUGAUCCGUCGGCCAGUUCUCGACUUUCUGGAUGAACUAAUAGCGAAUUUUCCAAGAGAGAAUUGUUCACAACUUGAUGGCGCAGAUUUAGCGAUACCCGUUAUUCGUGAAAGCAAUAACGGUUUAGGUGCUUUAAUUUUUCAGAUUAAGAACUACAGCAGUGUAAAACAAAAUCGAUUUGAGGAGACGCAUGCUGUCAAGGUGCUGUUAUCACCAGAAGUGAUGUUUGCUGAUGAUUGUUAUGCUGACAUUGAAAAGAAUUAUCUGGGUAUUUUCGUGCAUCUUGGGUCUGCUUAUGAAGACGAAUCUGGGACAGCCGUGAGCAAUUAUGAUAAUCGCAAGCUGUUCGAAGAAUGUGAUUCUGGAAAUCGCCUCACUAUCCAUGGCUUGAAUGCCUUCAAACUUGACGACAACCAUCAAAGCAUUUUUAAAAAUCUUUUGCGUGCAUGGAAUGACCCAGGUCGGCUAUGCCAUACAGACAUUGAAAAGAACUGCAUGUAUCAGUUACUACCUUGUGUUUAUCCCAAGAAAAGGUCAUUGGAUGAAGGGACAGCGGCAGAAACAAGUAAGAGGACAAGAACAACGAGACAAAGCAAACGCGGAAGUCAGAAAUAA